AGCCUUACUCGACAGAUCACGGAAAUUAGGCCUACACAGUCAUCAGAAAGCGCCACGGGAUGACCUUACUAUCAUUUAUGUACAUUAGAUAGUCACAAAAGAAAUAAACAAACACGACUCGAUGUAGAAUAGCCAGUGGAAUAUAUUUGAUAUGUGGAAGACACCGUUAAGGUCGGUAGCCUACUCUUUUUUUUUUAUUUCACCUUCGAAUGUCGUUAAAUAGCCUUGUUUCUGUAUCUUGCUUGUGUUUACUAUUCUCGAUAAAACUCGGAAUGGAUUUCAAAAAUCAAAAUUAAAGGAACAAUCGACAGACUCAAGGACAACUAGCACAAUCAAGGUCUCUUGUUAAGUUAUUUAUGGGACUGAACGUAACACCCUGACAAUCAAGAUCGCCACUCAAGUUUCGAAAGAAAUAGCAACAUCUCCUUCAGUUGUUUUUCCACUAUGGAGACAGAUUUUCCGCGAGCACUGAAGCGUUGAGGACGACACAGAAUCAUCUCCCCACGUUUGCGAUCCUCUGCAGCCCGCAUCCUCUCCUUAGUCUGUGGGCAUGGUGGACGCUCAGAUGCUCACCUGGCCUAUGAGUUUCGGACGCAGCCCCAUGGAGCGGGACGGGCAAUCGGACAUCUGCCACGUGUUUGACAUGUCCACCUUUAACUACCCCAGCCCUCUCAGCGAAGAGAACAGCAUCAGCCCUAAGCACUUGGAGGAUUUCACCGCCACAGAGGAACACCACGAAUGGACACCUGGAGAGGGGACGUUCACCAUGCUGAGCGAGGCCUCCAUAAAGGUCGAACCCAGGUCCCCAUCAGAACUCUCUGAACCAAACUACUCUUAUUUCAAGCUGCACACGGAUGUCUCUUCUGCGUUGGUGAACCUGGAGUGUAGGGUGUGUGGAGACAGGGCUUCGGGCUACCACUAUGGGGUUCAUGCAUGUGAGGGCUGCAAGGGUUUCUUCAGAAGGACAGUUCGACUGAACUUGAUAUAUGACUACUGUGCCUUGCAGUGUCGCAUUCACAAGAAGAGUCGAAACAAGUGUCAAUAUUGCCGUUUUCAGAAGUGUCUUUUGGUGGGCAUGUCCCACAACGCUAUUCGCUUCGGUCGAAUGCCCCGGACUGACAGGGAGAAACUUUUGGGCGAAAUUUCCAAGGAAAUUGAACAGCUAGACAGACAAGCAGCUGAUAGGAGGGCGCUUGCCAAGCAACUGUAUGAAUCCUAUGUCAAACACUUCCCCUUGCCCAAGAGCAAGGCAAAGGCAAUCCUGUCAGGAAAGACCAACAACCAUGCGCCUUUUGUCAUCCACGACAUGAAAUCUCUUAUGGCUGGGCAGCAGUUUCUGAACUGCAAAGAGGUGCCCCUGCUGAAGCCUGAACUGGACGUGGCUCUGGAGGCCCUCGAGGGUGGAGUGGAGCUGUCGUUCUUCCGUCAGGUGCAGGUCCGCUCCGCCGAGAGCAUCCGGGAGAUCACCGAGUUCGCCAAGAGCAUCCCGGGAUUCGUGGACCUGGACCUGAAUGACCAGAUCACGCUGCUGAAGUACGGCGCCAUGGAGGUGAUGAUCAUCCUGUGGGCCCCGCUCAUGAACAAAGACGGCACGCUGAUCGCCUACGGACAGAUCUUCAUGACGCGGGAGUUCCUACGCAGUCUGCGGGAGCCGUUCUGUGGCAUUCUGGAGCCCAAGUUCGACUUUGCCACCAAGUUUAACGUGCUGGAUCUGGAUGACAGCGACCUAGCUCUCUUCAUCGCAGUCAUCAUUCUCUGUGGAGACCGGCCAGGCCUGGUGAACGUGAAGCCCGUGGAGGAGCUCCAGGAGACGGUGCUGCAGGCGCUGGAGACCCACCUGAAGACGGUGCAUCCGGAGCAGCCCCAGCUCUUCGCCAAAGUGCUGCAGAAGAUGGCCGACCUGCGGCCGCUGGUGGCUGACCACGUCCGCCAAAUCCACCUUCUGAAGAAAACGGAGCUGGACAUGUGUCUGCACCCUCUGUUAGGGGAAAUCAUGAGAGACCUGUACUAGUUUACUAGACGACUUCUAGGCACCAUCUCUGAAUUACAUUCUACAUAAAUCGUUAUUUAUCUCUUAAUACUCUACGAAUGUAAUAUCUUAAAGUUUGGAGAAUGUUUCAACUUAAAAGAUAUAGUUUGCCAAUGUAGAAAUUAUAUUUGAUGUUCAGAGAAUAAUACUGUGAUUCUUCACUUGAGGGGUUCUGAUCGUGGAGGUCGGCAGGUCAAACUACUGUAUUUGUAAUGGGUAUGAAGACCACUAGAGGGUGCACUAUUCUUUAUGAUGUAUUGAUUGAAAGUGCACUCAGCCUUACAUUAGUAUACUAUAUGCAUCUCAAAUUGCCAUGCUUCUGACAUACAUGACUAAAUGAUCAAUGAAUUUCACAUGAACCAUGCUCUAACAUCUCAGAGAAGCUUCACUGAAACUUCAUGUUGGUGGCCAUCAUGACUUUAUGUAACGAGGCCCUUAAUCCAGAGUGGAUAUUUAAAAAACCAUUCAGCGACGUCUCGAGUGUACACUGGAGGAGGUAUUUUGAGUGUGUGCCCUGCAGCAGUAACUGUUUGGCUGGCCUGAUUCGAGGUGAGGAACAAUAUUCUGCCUCACUACUGAUUUCGUAAUGACAUGGUGCAUGUGUUAUUUUGGUCAGGGUGUGUAGAAAGGCCACACCAUCAGGCAGGGCAGAGAGCAGAAAUAGACACGAAGACCACAAAUAGAGAAUUAUACGCAGAGGGAAACUGCCCGGUCAGCAGACUCCCAUUACCUAACUUUUUUUGUCCAUUCUGUUUUUUUUUUGUUUUUUUGCAGUGCUCUCAUUUACCAAGUUGACCGUAAUGACAACAUAAGGGAGGCCUUUCCCAAACCGUUCAUAAAACAGCAUUGCUGUUCAGGCCUUUAUGUGGCACAAAUGUCCCAUUUCACAGAAUCAGCCGAGGCCUUCUGUCGCCUCUACGCUGACUUCUUCACAGUCCAGGCUAAUAACACACAUCUAAUGCUGAGACCAAACCCCUUGGAGGCCCAGUGAAGCAAACAGCAAUGACUCAUACAGGAUGCUUAUGGGGCAAGAGUCCCAGGCUGACAUCUCCUACCCACUGUGGUUGCAGUCAGCGCACAAAAAAAAGUAACAGCGGUCACAGAAACACAGCUUAUCCGAGUGCAGUGUCAGGACAGACGCAGAUCACUUGCAAAGCUCCGUGCCACAGCCCCACUGAUAGACGCUGUGGAACAUGUCUGCUUGCAGAUGACCGUGGUUUUUCGCCACUCUGGUACUCUAGUGCAAACAUAGCUCACAUAAGCCAGUUUAAGCACAUCACAGUGAUCUCCACACACCAACGAGCAACGGAGAAAAAGAAAACAAAUCAGUAGCAUUAUUUGACAUCAAAGAGACUACAAUGUGUCCACAAUAAAGGGCCAAUGUGUUUUUGACCGUGAAAGAUUAAAAUAAAAUAAAAAAGUGGUCAAGAAGA